CCGGCAUCGGAAGUUGCAUCUCACUCAAGAAAGAUGGCGGCCGUGACUGUGCGCAGUGCUCCCACCGGUGGCUUCGAGUUUGGGAAUUGCAGGAGAAAUAUUCAUUUGGAGAAUGAAUUUAUUCAGAAAGUACAUAAGCUCCCUGCUGCUCGAAAAACCGGAACCACAAUUGCUGGGAUUGUUUUCAAGGAUGGAGUAAUUCUUGGAGCAGAUACCAGAGCAACUGAAGGAAUGAUUGUAGCUGACAAAAACUGUUCAAAGAUCCACUACAUAUCCCCCAAUGUCUACUGCUGUGGGGCUGGAACUGCAGCUGAUACAGAAAUGACAACCCAAAUGAUAUCUUCCAACAUGGAGCUGCAUUCUCUGUCUACAGGUCGUCUACCUAGGGUAGCUACUGCUAACCGCAUGCUCAAACAAAUGUUAUUUAGGUAUCAAGGUUAUAUUGGAGCUGCCCUGGUAUUAGGAGGAGUGGACUGUACAGGACCUCACCUGUACAGUAUUUAUCCUCACGGUUCAACUGACAAGCUUCCCUAUGUCACCAUGGGUUCUGGUUCUUUGGCUGCAAUGGCGGUGUUUGAGGAUCGCUAUAAACCAGACAUGGAGGAAGAAGAAGCUAAACAGCUUGUACGGGACGCCAUUUCUUCUGGCAUCUUUAAUGACUUGGGCUCUGGCAGCAACAUUGAUUUGUGUGUCAUAACUAAAAACAAGGUGGAUUAUAUACGUCCCCAUGAUGUGGCCAAUAAGAAAGGUGUAAGGACGGGAAAUUAUAAGUACAAGAAAGGAACAACAGGUGUUCUGUCUGAGAAGAUUGUCCAUUUCAACUUGGAUGUGAUGGAAGAAAAUGUGCAAACAAUGGAUAUUUCUUAAGAUUAAUGUAUUAACUUGGAAUCUGGUAUGGUUAAGUUACCUGUAUUUUCUAUGUUAUGAGUAUGCUGUUAAGCCACUGCAGUUUGAACCAAUACUUCAAAUAAACACAAACGAACGAUCA